AACGCAUCGAAUUCAAAUUCAGCUAGUCGUCAACUCCAGUCUCCGAGGUUUGCAUUCCAGCCAACUACUCCAUCGCUUUGUCGACGAAUCCACAAUCUUAAGGUCCAACAAUGGCCCCUUCAGCGACAGAGACCGUCACGGUGGCGCCAGUGGCCGGGGUUGCCCAGCUGCGUCUUGAGUCCAGCCCCGGCCAGUACAAGGAGCUGGCCGCCAUCUCAUAUGAGAAGGAGAUCGAGACACAGGGCAAGGAAGGUGUAGAGAAAGCCAAGUACCCCGACUACCUCCCAACAUGGAACCCCGAGCAGAAAUACCCUCCUCUCGAGCCGUUCGAGCACUACGACCACGGCAAGGAUGCCAACCCUAGCUUCCCCAACCUCCUGCCCGAGGGCGCCCAAGUCAACCAUCUGACGCCAACCACUGGCACCGAGGUCCGCGGCAUCCAGCUCAGCAGCCUCAGCAACGCGGGCAAAGACGAGCUGGCACGCUUCGUCGCCGAGCGCAAGGUCGUCGUCUUCCGCAACCAGGACUUUGCCGACCUGCCCAUCGACAAGGCCCUCGAGUACGGCAGCUACUUCGGCCGCCACCACAUCCACCCGACCUCGGGCUCCCCCGAAGGCUUCCCGGAAAUCCACCUCGUCCACCGGGCCGCCGGCGACACCUCGGCGCAGAAGUUCUUCGAGACCAGGACCAGCUCGGUGGCAUGGCACUCCGACGUCUCGUACGAGGUCCAACCCCCCGGCACCACCUUCCUCUACAUCCUCGACAAGCCAUCCACCGGCGGUGAUACCCUGUUCGCCAACGCUGUUGAGGCUUACAAUCGCCUCAGCCCUCUGCUCAAGGAGAGGCUGCACGGCCUGUAUGCUGUCCACUCCGGCAUCGAACAGGUCGAGGCGUCGGUGAGCAAGGGAAGCAUUAAGCGGCGUGAGCCCGUCCAGAACGUACACCCCGUCGUCAGGACGCACCCCGUCACGGGCGAGAAGGCUCUCUUCGUCAACCCCCAAUUCACUCGGCAGAUCGUCGGCCUCAAGACGGAGGAGUCCGAUGCCAUCUUGAAAUUCCUCUAUGAGCACAUUGCGUGGGGAGCCGACUUCCAGGCCCGCGUCAAGUGGGAGGAGGGUACCGUUGUAGUUUGGGAUAACCGCGUCACGCAGCAUUCUGCGUUGGUGGACUGGCAUACCGGUGACAGGCGUCAUCUUGCACGCAUCACACCUCAGGCGGAGCGUCCGUUCCAGACGCCUUACGAAGCGUAAAAGCUUUGUGUACAUGUAGUCUCGUAUUAAGCGUAUAUAGUCCAGAAAGAUAUUAAGAGCUCAAUUUCUACAUUUCAUAGUCACC